AUGACGGUUCCCCCGUGGUUCAAAUCGUGCACUGUCAAGCUUGUGCUCCCGGCAGCUUUGCUAGCCGGUAUGCUCUCGCAAAUAUUCAAAAAGCGUUUAAGACAUUCUUCUUUCAGCGGCCAUCAUCCGGCCAUGUUUCCUUUCGAUCGGCUACGUGCUGCUAGCACUUCUCAGUGCAGUUCUUCCGCCGAUUCACAAGAACUACCCGCUUCCCAGUAAGUUCUUUGUAAAAAUAACACUAAAGUGUUCCAAACUGAUUACAGAACCAAUCGGAGCAUUUGUUACUAUCACAUUUCUAUUCUGCCUAGCAGCUGCACUAGGAAUCGGUUCUUACCAGAUCUCAGAAGUGGUAGUACACAAGAAUGAGUCGACGUACAUCUGCGACCGAUGGGACACCACACUCUUCCGGAGCAUCGGUCUCGUCCGCUUCCACCCGACCGGCACUUUCGAGUCCACACGAGCUUUUCUUCCCGAAAUCAUCGCUCUGUGUGCUGCCCUCAUUAAUUUCGUCGUCGUCAUGCUUCUUUCGCACCGCGACGAGCAAUUGGACGUUGUCGGAGACGUCGUCACCGUCAGAAAUGAAUCGUGAGUGCUUACAAAAGUUACUAUGGCUUGCAAUGCUUGAAUUCUAUCUGCAGUGGCCGCGAGCAGAGACGUCAACGGAAAAUGGCAGCGAUUAUGUGGAGUGCGAUCAGUAAUUCGUUGCGCAGACUCACUAACUUUGUCAUAUUCCUAUUCACCGCCUACGUGGGAAUCGUGAAGCCGUCGGUCUCGAACCUCGUCUACUUCACCGCUUUCCUCCUAAUUUCUUCCUGGUGGGCCACCUACACUCCGCUCAGACACGGCACCUACAAUCGGAUCAAGAAGGUGAUCAAUUCCCCCUUGUCAACUCAUUCAAACGGUUUCCUUUCAGAUGCUGAUCUUCUACUCCGCCGUCCACUUUCUCGUUCUCUACACCUUCCAGAUUCCGAUCGUUCAUCAGACGUGGAUUCCGAAGGGCUCUUUUCUCGCCCGUCUGUUCGGUCUGAAUGUGCUCAUGGACUCCUCGUGCCCCGAUUGGUGGCGUUUUCCGUUCGUGGCUCCGGAUCUGGACAGCUCGGAUCUGAUGAUGAAGUGGCCGCUGUACGCGAAUCCGAUUGUCGUGCUUGUCUUCUACUACCUGAUGGUCGCCCAGUACAAGUUCACGAAGAAUGGCUCUCGACAGUACAUUGACAACGACGAAUACGGCUCAUCUGUGCACGAAGAAGUCAGUUCGAGCCGUCUGUGUCUGUCUCUGUGUCUCUCGCUCUAUCGCUCUCUCUUUCUCUCUUUCUUGGAUUCUCUUCCUUUCUUUAUUGUCCAUCGUCUUUCUCUCUUUCUUUGUCAUGGCUAAAAAUUAAACGAGAAUGCCCUGUAGAGUCUAGUCUAGAAUAGCAAUAGCCACUGAAACGUGCAUUUCGGUUCAGCGAUUCGUCUCCGCUGGCACUGUCGAGUCGAAUCUGGACGACGUCGGCCAGCUCAUCUCGAUUUCCGAAGACUCUUCGGUUCCGAAUUCGUCCGCCAGGGGACGUGGCAAUACUUUGGUGCGUGUUGACUCUUGAGUUACCACAAUCAGUUAUCCUCUCGCAUGUUCCCUUUAUUUCCCUUACUGCUUUCAUGGCGUUUCACUUUGUUUGUCCGUGUGAAUGUGUCCUUCGUUUCAAAUUUCGAGCUCACAACGUCCAAAAAUGAAUUCCGAUAACCCCGUUAGGGCCACAGAAAAAAAGCUGAGUUUCUUAUUCGGUUCCCUAGCUCUUUUAUAAGUAUUCAAAAUCUCACAAUCUAUCCCCGUUUUAUCUCCUCUUUUCUCCACUGUCCACGUCCAUUUCUGCUUUCCCUGCUUUCACACCUAUCCUCCUUUCUCUGUUUCAUAAUUUUCUCAUCACCGUCGCUUUCAGUUACUCUCCAACGCCUCCUCCUCGAACGAAGAUGAGCAACAGCGCGGUCGUUCCGUUUCUCCGACUCGGAACGGCGAGGGACGUAGUUCGAUUCCGAUGCGGAAGGUGACGUCACAGGUGGUGGAUCGGAACAAGUUAAGCAACAUUUUCAAUUGUAAGUCUAUUUGAUAAGUGCUCAAACGAAUCACGGAAUGCACGAAAGCUUCAGCUGCCGGAGAGCAAGAAUCGGCGACGUCGAAGGGAAUGAUCGCAGUGAUCACUUUUGUCAUUUUCCAUUCGUACUCGAUCGCGCUGACUGCAAUGAUGACGUGGGCGCUUCUGUAUCACUCGAUUUUCGGACUUAUUCUUCUCAUUCUCACCUGCAUUCUUUGGAUCUUCCGCGACACGAGAAAGUCGUCAUUUGCCAUGGCCCCGAUCAUUCUCAUAUACAUCGAGGUACUGUAACCUACAGUAAUCUCUAAGUAACCCGCCCAUCUUUUAGUUCCUUCUGGUCCUCCAAUACGUGCUGAGCAUGGACAUUCAUAAAGAGAUCGGCGAUCCGAAGUGGAUGGAAUUUGUGGGAAUCGAGUGGAUAUCCGUGCCCGUUCACGCCCUCAUCGUCCUUUCUGUGCAGGUACUAUCAACUAGAGAAUUUUUGCAAUUUCUGACCUGUCUUUAUCUCUGAGCCGACACGCUUACUGAGCUCAGUGAGCAGAAAAAAGAGCAGCAUAUGAUAUGGGUGUCGGAUUACCUGCCGGUGACAAAGGUCUUGUCACUUACUUUCAUUUCGAAACAAAAAACGAGCGAAACAUUCAUGUUAUAUGCAACUCAAUUGUAUUUCUAUGGACUUGUUCUUGUGCCGGUAUAAGGGUCUCUUUUGCUAUUCAAUCAUUCUAUCUCAUUUCCAGACUCUUCUCAGUCUUCCCAUCUUCCUGCUUCUACGAUUGGCUCGCAGAGAAAAGUACUAUGAAUCGUUGAGCGAUUUCGAAAGGCAAAGAAGAAUCAAUUCGUACGGAACAUUCGGAGCGUCGAAAACUGGCGCCGGAGGAGUCGCCGUUGCCAAGGUUAGCGCCUGGAGAAUUGAAAUGUGGCAUGUCAGAAAUACACACAAAAAGAGAAACUAUGGAAAAGUGGAGAAUGCACAUGCAGCCUAACAACAACAAUAAUAAAAGCGCAGGGAUGUCCGCCUCUUCCUCUUCCUCUCCUCUUUUUCGUCCCUUUCCGCCGUUUUCGGGCGGCUGUUCACUCAAAACUGUUCGCUGCUUUCCGUCGCUUUUCCUCUUUCUAAAUCGAUUCGAAAAUGAAUCUGAAAUUCGCUGACUGUCAAGAAAAGAAAAGCGAUGACGACGAUGAAGAAGAAGAGGAGGAGGAAGUGGUAAUAUUUUGUGCAUUUCCGUUCCGCGGGCCAUCUAUCAUCACUUGCUGGGUGCCGGUCCCCGGGGGAGCCGUUUUUUAGGCCAUUCUCUGGUGAUUUGUCUCGGGUUUUUUUGCUUUUUUUCUGUCUGAAACUGCCUAAAAUGCUGCGCGAGUUGUCAGUUCAACUGGUCAACAUUCUGAGACAUGUGAUGAAGUUUCCCGUCGAUCAACUGACCCGUUUACCCCGAGUUACUGUAUCCGUGAAACACGGAAAGUGUAUUAGAGUUCAUGAUGUGCUCGCGAAGAACUCGUUAAAUUUGUACGCCAGAAAGGUAACUUGGCGCUGAAAUUUCCAGAAAACGUUUAACUCUUUUGUAAAAUAAUUCAAGUUUCAGGAUCCGAAGAGCAGAAAGUUCGCCGAGUUCGUGGAGUACCUAUCGUACAAAAUCUCGAUUUACUUCAUCUUCCUCGUUUCGCUGGUUCUUCUGAUUGUUGCCACCUACUUCAAACCGACCUUCUACACGAUCCUCUUCUUCGCGUUAUGGGCUCUCAACUUGAGUUAUCUCAAGGUAAGGUUACGGUAGCCUCCAUGUUCUGUGACCUCGCUUGACACGUUCACUUACAACAUGCUGAGUCACGGCAAGAAAAAGUUGCGAAGGGGGCUCACGCACACAUUGUUUGUCAGUAUUUUUAACUGUGCUCGCGGAGCCGCAGGGAGCCAAAAUGGAGAACAAACAGACGAUUGGGAAGGAGCAAAAUGUUGGCACCCGAUCUAUAACACCUCUUUUAAUGGAACUUUCUUACUAGUUUUCUGUCCAUUUUAGCACAGUCCAAAAGAUCAGUGCCACAAGCGAAGCUGGCUGUUGAAAGUACUAUUUUUCUUCGUGAAACGGCCUUUUUCAAAUAAUUCUCACACCUUUUGGACGGAGCGUUUCGUAAUCUCUUUAGUCUUCGCAAUUUCAAUCGCUUUUCAUUCAAAAACUCGCUUAACCCAGAGAUCAGGCCAUGCGACUCGAGCGAACAACCAAACAGAACCAGUGAAACAGUACACAAAAUCACACAACCUUCUCCAUUAUUUUGACCUGAACAAACUUAGGGAAACCCCAAUGCUUUUCCGAAAACAUAGAAAAUCAGUUUUUUUAGACAAGAGAAGAACCGUUAUAAAUAACCUUUUCUCUGUCUGAUUAUUGUUAUUAUUUCUGCCGUGCGCACUCAGAAAGAUGACACAGAUUCAGUCUAAAGAUACCGGUUUCAGUCGCUCUCGAUGACAGUUUACUGUUUUUUGUACCUCUCGUUACUGCAAUCUCCCCCUCUUUCUAAAUUGAUUUCCGUUUUUCAAAAGUUCAAAUUUCAUCUGCGCAAACUGUUUUUUUUUCAGUUCUCGUUCCGUCUGUAUCGUGGAUUGGCGUACGGAUUCUGGCUGACCCUCACCUUCUACACUUCUGUGGUUAUCAUCGCCCUCUACACUUAUCAAUUCCCUGGAGUGAGUUUUCUUUUCAAUAAUUCGGAGACUUCUCAUGGUUUAUGAUUCGAAAGGGUCUUAGUCUGUCCGAUUCGCGAGACAAACUAUGCGUUACAAGUUGUCUUCUGAAUGUACUUGGGAGACGAGCGGAAACGGAUUAUGACACCCUAUCCAUUUCUCUUCUUUCCUUUCGUUUUCCGACCUUGACUAUGCCACUCCCUUUUGUGAUCUCAAAAUACUGAAUCACCUCUUUCAGGUAGCCACAUGGGCCCAGACGACUCUCGGACUCUCGAAAGAGUGGUUUGAUGCGAUCGGACUCGUCAACUUCCAAGACACCGGAAACGCUGGCUCGCUCUUCCUUCAGCUCUUCGCGCCGAUCGCUCUGUUCGUCGUCACAAUGCUUCAGCUCAAGUUCUUCCACGGUCCGUGGAGCCGUGCCACGUCACCGAGACGCGCCGAGCAUGAUGCUCCGACGACAUCUGAAACUGCGGUGACGUCGGAAAGUGAGAGGGCGAAUGCGGCAGGUUAGUCGAUUCAUUCAAAGUUUGGAAUGUGUUUGGAAAACAUUAAAAACUGAAAAUGUAAAUUGUAUUGUGUAUCUCCAAAAUUAGAGAAAUCAGUUGAUGGCCACCAAUUGAUCGAUGCCAACUAGUUUAUUGUCCCUUCUGACUAUUUUAAGUGUCAUUGCCCGAAUCCACCGAACUUUUCUCAUUUCAAAAGACUGUUUCCGUUCUUUUUCCGCUUAAUAAGCCGUAACUGAAGCUCAAAACACAAUGAGAAUGUUCUGACGUCUUUCUCUUCUUAAUUGAAAUGUUUGGAAGCAACGAGCAAGCACACCGAAAAAGGAAGAGAAGGAGGUAAAAGAAGAAGAAGAAGAAGAAGAAGUGUUGAAUCACACACCGAAGAACAUUUCGUUUCCUUCUGACGCCACCACCCCUCGCGACUUCAUCACUCUCAUUAACCUGAAUUUAUCAAUUGAUACCGUUCCUCCCGAUGAUUACCGACCGAUUUGGCACCGUUCCAAACCUUCUCAGAUCCCGAAUCGAUCAAUUUGAUCCGCAACGGCUUCUGUUCGCUCUCCGCUCUCCGUCUCUCCAUUCUCCCAUUCUGCAUCACUUCCUCUUGGUUUUCCGCGUCCGUCCGUGAACAAGAUAUCUCGGAAGGGAGAAGCGAAAGAGAGAAACGAGGAGGACUGUACGCGGACGGCUUCAGAGCGAAAUGAUGACGCCGCCUGUCUGUUUGGCUGUCUUUUAUUCCCACGGAUACACAUUCCUCCUCCGACUUAUCACUCGUAAUCUACAUUUUCUCAUUACGGUCUCUACUAUAACACGAAUUGUUUGAUACGGUUUACUGUUUCUGUUGUGAAUUGUGUGCCUGACUCGACAUGUUUCCUUUCUCAAUUCACAUCACAUCUUUUUCGCCGUCACGGAUGAUUCAUCGGCUUCUCCUUUCACCUCGCGUUCACAACAGUCCGUCGACAGUUUUUCUAUUUUUGACCUGUAUUCACGUUCCUUCACUUCCAUUCCUCUCUAUCUCAAUCUCUUGUUUUACUAGGCUUCCUCCGUAAAUCUGCUCAAAUAUGAAUAGUUUGUUCCGUGGCCGAGAGCACAAGAACGAUGCUCUCGCCGUGCCGGUCUGCCUGCCGCCGCUCGGAAAAUUGGCUCAAAUCUAAACAUUUGUGGUGGUUUUCCCACUGCCUGCAAAUGUUUUGGUAUCUCUUUUGUCCUCUCUAUUCCAUAGUUUAUUGUUGAUGUUAUCCGAGACUAUCCAGAAAGUUGUUUUGGUCCGUUUAUCAAUCACUUUACGUCGCUUUUUCAUGCCUUCCUUCUUUUUCUCCGUUUUAUAUCUUCCUUUUGAACUCAUUUCAUUCCGAAAUUCUCUAGAAAAUACGGUAGCCCUUUCCAUCACCUCAAUCAGCUCAUUUCAACUUCAUUUUCUAUUGUUUUUCACCGAAAUGAGUCAAUGUUUGUCACCUUGUUCACACGGCUGUUUCCUCUUGAACGGGAGGAGCCGAGGAACUCCCUCUAAUCCCGAUUUGUGAGCAGAAAAGAGUGACGAGGACAGAUUACGGUCUUGAGCACAGAGUACAGCAAGGGAGAGUUCACAAAGGCUAACUCUGAACAUUGAGAGCUCAAAGAUUUAAUUGCACUUGAAAGCCUCGAAAUAGUUUGAAUAAAGAAACUGCUCGAUCGAAUUUUUGUACGAUUCCCACGAUUCCAACAAAACUUUUAUCGAUCAGGCACUCCGUUUUUUGCCGCAAAAGCAAUACUUUCGAACUGCAUAUAUUUCGUUACUAAAAAAUUCGUUUCGAGCGCUCUGCUUGUUCAUCAGCAGUCCCCUUGUCAACUUCUUUGACCACAAGUCCAUCACCUGAAACAUCUGCCUCGUUUCUUAAAAAAAAUAUUGUAACAUUUCUUUCCGACAAAUAACAAUAACAAGUGACCUCCCUCCGCCGGUCAACCUCUUUCUCUCUACUUUUUUCGACGUAAUCAAGCCCUCGGACCCGCAUGAUAAAUGCGCCCGAUUGUGCAUCUUUUUGCGCUCGCCACUGGAGCCCUUUUUAUCAUUAGUCAUUUGAGAGAGAUAGAGAGAAAGAAAUAAAAAGAGAGAGAGAGAGAGAGAGAGAGAGAUGGAAAAUCAUGGAAAAUUGGCAGGCGGGUGUGGUUUUAGAUCCGAAGGAUACACUCGGCUUGUGUUUUUUGCUCUCCAAGAAUUCUCACAGUUCGCCGAAUUUCACCAGCUCCCUGACUCACUGAAAACAUAACAAAAAGGAGCACGCGAGGGUGUGGUGAGGUGGAGCGAAACUGCAAAGUAUAGGGUACUUUUGGAAGGAGAAAGACGCUCUGAUUGAUGGUUUGCCACGUCACAAGAUUUAGAAAGGGAUUAGAGAACAGAAAACAUGCGGUAAUCGUGGCUUUACGAAACAAGGAGUGUGAACAAGGAUAGUCCUAACAUUGAAGAAAGUCGGAUAGAAGUAAAGCAACAACAAAUUCUCACGUAUCUGCUCGUGUGUUCCAUAAAAUCGCCGUCGAUUGGGUGCUCCCAGCAACCUCUCCUCUUUCAUUCCUCCCGUCCUCUUCGCCUCACGUUUUAUUUGAUGAUCAUCACAGAAAAAAGACGGCGGUAGGAAGGAGAUAUAAAUUUGAACCCGGUCUCUUCUGAAAGAGUCCCGCCCUUCCUUCCCUUCUCUCCGUCUCUCCAUGACUUUGCACUCUUUCGUUCGGGCUCUCGUACACGCAGACACACAAAGACAAAACAGCCCGCCCCAUCAGCAUAGUCUAGAGACAAGGCACCAGUUAAAAGUGAGAGUGAUGUACAAGAGAAGCUUUGGUUAUAAGCGUAGCCACUGAGUCACUGCGUCCGAGUCCUACCGUAUUCUUCGAUUCUCAUCAUCUUUCGGCCCUCAAUAUUCCUGUUCUUUUCUCAAUCCUGAUUCCUCCGCUUCAAAAUGGUGUACGGUGAAUUCGUGCACGUUCUUGACUACUGGUACCGUAAUUAUCGUGAAAAAUGCCGGAUAAGAGAAGUAGAACGUCAACAGCAGGAGCUCCAAGGAGAUCUACGACGGAGCAGUUGGCUACCGAAAUACUGGUUCGGAGCAAAAGAGUCGCCCACCAAAAACGGUUGGAGCUCUCAUCAGAACGGAGAUUCUGGAGAUGAACUUCUGAAGUUACCACUACACUUUGACGAUCCUCUACCAUCUGUGCCUCAUCACGAUUACCCAGAAGGAACACUUUCCUCAUCCUCGGCUCCUUCCACUUCCCACUAUCUUUCCACUUCAAGCAGUUCGGACCACAGAAGAAGUUAUUACAAAGAAGACCUCGAAAAGUACUGGGAGCAGAUACAAUUGCACAGAAUCCUUCCGUCUCCGGCGGAACGGAAUAUGCUAACAAAGUCAAUUGUGAGUAGUAGUGGAGAUUCUGGAAUCUGCGACGACGCGAUGCCGUACAUUGACGACGACGACGAUCUGACGCCAAUUAUCGUGGCGAGACCGCCGAUUGGAAGCGGAUAUUCUGUUGGAAGGGGCGGAUGGCAGUCGCCCAGGCAGUAUCUGAGAAAUUGGUGGAGUAAGUUGAACUGUAAAAAUGACAGGGAUAGUUGAAAGUUCACAUGAGUUUAAACCCAUAAGACCCCCUAAUAAAUGCAAAUCCUCGGCGACCAACAUGACUAGUAGGCCCUGUUUUAUUACACAAUAAAACACUUUUUCCGCGAGCUUCUGACUCCUCCCUAGUUUUUCUGUGUCCGUCGACGACUUUUGCUCUAAUUUAUUGAAAUUUAAACUUAUUUUCGUGAAAGAUUGCAUCUUGAGAACACAAAGAUUGUUAUUUAGCUGACAAAGGCGCCUUUUCUAGAACCUCCAAAGAGGGUGUGUUGAAGAGGAAGUUAUGAACUAUGCUCUUCCAAUUGUUUCCGCUCAAAGCCCACCACAAACACCUUUUUCAUACACUCUUGAGCCAACAAUGGGAGCUCGCGGAGCAACUAGAAAAAUCUGAUUAGACAAUGAGCCAAGGGACACUGCCCUUCAUCUUCUUUUGCAAAAAAAAAAGGAAAGAAGUGUAAGUGACACUUGAAAAUGACACAUUCUAAGGAUGAAAAAUUAUUUUCAAUCUUGUUGCCACCAAGUGUUAUUUAUCAGUUCCCAGUCCCAAUUUUAUGCGUUUUCAAUUCGGUUCUCUGCCAAAACACUCUUUGAUCUGUGCGCCGGCCGCAUAGUUUUGUGGCAAAUCGCGAAAAUAUAAGCGGCAACUGGCGACAAGGCGUCAUGAAGAAUUUCUCUUGAUAACAGCUGAAAUCUUCUUUUCGUUCUCUGGAAAACACUCUGAAAACACUGUUUGUCAGCUCGAAUUUCCAGUUGAUCGGGGGAUGUCUGCGAAAAACCGAAAAGACGGGUAGAAGGAGAAGGCAGACUGAGACGGGAAAGUUGAUUGGUCUUGUCACGAACAGAAAGAGAGGAACGAAGUCGGUGUGAGGUGAAAACGGAACGAUUUACGAGCCGACACUUUCUUGUUCCCGAGAGCGGUGCUCCUUUCAGCGGAAAAUCUCGGAAAAUAUUCCCCAAUGAGCUAACGAGUGCAAAAAGUUUGAAAAAUGAAAUUCCGAACACAUUCCAAAUCGUUUUCAGUGAGAAAGUUUGAGAAUAGAAGAAAAGUUGAAUGAUUCAGGUGACACGCUAGUCAAAAAACUGCACGAUCUUGCGAAUGAAACGAUUGAGCUGUUGUGGAGGUUCUUCGAAGUUCACGUCUCCAAGAUUGUCUUCAUCAUCAUUGCCAUUUUCAUUGCCAAAAAUGUAGGAGAACCUUCGUAAAGGAGAGUCUUUAGAAGAAUGAUUUCCAGAUCGAUGCCCUGUACAUUCCGCUCGUCGUGCUCCUUUCGCUGGCGAUCUGCCUUCCAUCGGCCGCCGACGGCAUUUUCUCUCUUCUCAUGUGCAGCUAUCUCUUUUUGGUGGCUCUUGCCAAAAUGGUAUAUCAACUGGACAUUGUUCCCGAACUCUCCAAGUUCGACAGAGGAAUCGGAGCAGAGAAUUGCACGUUCAGUAACAUUUCGAUGUCCGAUUGGUUCGGACUGGUCAAGGAGAAAGAUACUGCGCCUUUCUACAUGCUCUGGGUGAGCAAUUGCAGUGAACAGUCUUCCGGGAACGAGAACGUUCUAUUUGCAGGGUGUCAUACUUUCCAUCAUUGCGCUGGCCUUCCAAUCCAUCGUCAUCUACCGUCAAAGGCAUUACCGUGCCUCUCGUGGUCUCCCAGAAUCGAUGCGUGCCAAAGUGUUCCCUGAUUUCCAUCACUCGCACUACGAUCGAACACUCCGUCAUGCGUUCCAAUUCGCAGUCGACUACGGAUUCUACAAGUUCGGACUCGAAAUUUGUUUGAUUAUGAUGGGAAUCGAGGUGUGGAUCCGAAUGGACACGUUGGCCGCCAUUCAGUGCAUUUGGAUUGUUGUGUUCGCACUCAACAGAAGGUUUGUUUUUUGAGCGACUGCGAGUAACUUCCGGGAUUUUGAGCAUAUCAAUUCAAAUUUAUGUCCCUGUUUUUAGUUCCUUUUUUGCCAAAAUAUUCAAACUUUUCCAGUAAACAUGAUUUUUGAGAUGUGCUGGAUGAUCUUGGGUUUACUCAAUGAUAGGAACCUCAUUAGAAGUGUACCUUUUCAGGCCGUUCGUACGUCGCCUCUGGGCCGUUUAUGUCAUAUACAUGUCGAUUUUGUAUCCUUUGCAAUUUGUUUUAUACGUCGGAUUACCACCAGACACCUGCAUCGGUCAGUGCUCCCAGAAAUCAGACUGAAAAUGAGGUUAUCUGUUUUCAGUGUACCCAUGGACGAACUGGCUGCCGUCCUACUCGAAAGCCGCCAAUCACAACCUGUCAGUUCUGCUCGGACUCUCCACGUACGGUGUCAAAUGGCCUGCUAGUUAUCUGGUCGCCGACUUCUUCCUGCUGCUACUCGCUUCCUGCCAGUUGGCGGUGUUCCGAAGGGAAGGGGAGGACAACGACUCGAUCUACAGCGACGGACAGUACGUCAUCAAGCCGGACAAUCCAAAGUACGACUUCAUCGACGUGAAGAAGAGCUACGUGGAUUACAUGAAGUCGUUUGUGUUCCAUUACGGUCACUGGAUCACUCUGAUGGCCUCACUGGCCGCCGGAAUCGCCGGAACUUCUCUAUUCGCUCUCGGAUAUAUCAUUCUCACAUUGGCCCUUCUUUGGUCCGGAAACAAUUUGUACGUGAUGAAUGCCAGGCUGAGAUCAUUUGAAACAACGCUCAAAAAAUGGAACAUGCUUCUCGGAUACACUCUGUUCACGAUCACAAUGAAAGUCAUCCUUCAGGUAUUAGAAAAGAACAACUCGAAUAAACGAAUCCUUCCUAUUUCCAGCUGUUCGGUUGCGUUUUCCUCACCUGGUUCGGAAGUGGUGUUCAGGAAGAGAAUCGGAAAUCACUGAACUGGCUGUGCAUUGUUCGUCAGCUGUUCAGUGUUACAUGUGUGAACGGACUCUGCUGGCCACUGUCGGAAACGGGCGAUUUCGAAAAGCAAUGUUUUGUGGAGACGAAAGAGGCCGCGAUCGGAUACGACGUCAUCGCGCUGGCCUUUUUGGUCUUCCAGAUCAGGGCAUUCCAUUCCUGGUGAGCAAUCAAGAGCUUAUUCGUUCUCAUCCUGUGCUUGCAGGUACUUCCAACACUGCAUGGUCGAGUAUCGAAGCGAGGUGAUUCUGGCGAACAGGUUAGUUCAUGAAUAUUAGUCUCAGAAGAGACGGUAAGCUUGCUCCUUCCAACUUUUUGUGAUCCAUUUCGUUCUCCCACUUCUAAAUAAAAGCCGAUUGUAGUGGUGUUGAUGGUCUGUCGAGGUGAGUAAGUGUGGAAGAGUUUACUGCCUUCCCACCCGAAUCUUCACGAAGAUUCCUUUUCUUUCUCUGUUCUUUUCUCCCCUUUGAUCUUUUCAGUUCGUGUGCGUAUUUUCGGGUAAUAUAAUCAGAAACUCUAUCUUUUCUCCCGUACUAUUCAAAUAACUUGGACAGUUUUUGAGCAAAUGUCUUCUUUUUCGGGUCGUCUGUUUGUUUUCUCACAAAAACGUUCACUUUCAGAGGAGCGGUGCUGAAGAAUCAGUUGAUCGAAAAGGAAAUGAAGGAGCAGAACGAGCAGCAGAAGGCAAAGUUCAAUGAUAUUCGGAGGAGAACGGAAAUGAUUCGCGAGAGGUGAGCAAGCGGUUCGAAGAAUUUUAAGUAAAACCAACCUCAUUUCAGAUAUCAAAAGCAAUUGGAACUGGGCGCAUUUGAGAGAGAUAUCGAGCCGAAGACAUACGGACAAGGUCAGUGGAUCGGCCAUCAAAAAGGCAUAAAGAGCAUUCCAGAGUUUAGAAUCCUUCUUUAUUUUUGUGUACUUUAUGUAGUCUAGUGUUGACGGUGAUGGUCAUUUCGGGCAUAGUGUCUUGUGGACGGUAACUGGCGGAUUCUGAUUUGAAUGUUAGCUGUUGUGUAGUCUUUUCGCUUCUUUCUUUCUUUUUGACUUCUAGUCCAUCUCACCCACUUUUUGUCUGUCUUUUGGGGGUAUAACUGUUUUAUCAUCAUAAUGUCCUCUUUUUUUCCUCUUUUUCCUUUUCUGACUGUUUCCAACGACAGGAAGUAUGCGUCUCGACGAGGACGAUCCGUUCCCUUACUAUGACUUGCGAAUCUCAUCGCAAAUAACCGAGGAAGAGGCGGAAGAGUGUUCCUCAGAAAGUACACCCUCAGAACGGACGGGUUGGUUUACAAACAAACGGAGCGUUUUCUUCCCAGUGCUUUUCUUUACUCUUUCUCUCAGUGGCCGCCUUCAUUUCCCCCCUUUGUACUCAUAAUCAUCCGGAUUCUCCUUGGUUUUCUCAUCCGCUUCCACUCACACUCCCUUCCCACCGUCGUCUUUUGUUGGGUUCUCCUAACCGACUCUUUCGCUUUUCGUCCAAAUUCAUCCGAAUCAGUCUUCGUUUAGUUUUCUUUUCUGUUUCGUUCAUUCACUAAAACACUCAUCCAACAUCACUGACAAGAGUAAUAUCCGAAUUUGGCUCAGUUUCUUGAUCUAAUCGGUAUGAAAACUCAGUGAAAACCGAGCAUGAUUGCCUUUUCAAUUUGCUUUCCCAAUCACAAUCCCUUCCUUUUUUCAGCGAAACGAGCGGGUGACUAUUACAUGUUCAAAGAUGAUCCGGAGAACGACGGUCUUGUCGAGCCGGUCGAGAGCUUUGUGCCUGAGAUGGACCCGAAGGCAACUGCGUACGACAGAUUGGAUCCUGGGCAGAUAAUACACGCGGCGACAGUUCACGACUUGGAUAUGGCGAAGACUGUGAAGCAAGUGAAGAAGGGCGACACCAUCAAAGACGCGGACGACCGUGCUCUCGUAGCAGUCUCCGAACCGGAAGUGCGGAAUGUGGGAGGAAAAGACGAGACGGACGCCCGCGAAGAUGAAAAGGAUUCAAAGGUGGAGUCGACUGUGAAGCUUAUUCAAAAGAUGAUCGCAUCCGCUUUGGAUCUGUGCAGUGUUACACUGAACAAACUGUGCCGCGAGCACCGAUACGUCGGAUACGUUUUGAGCAAGGAAAAGCAGAAGCUUAAGGACGGACACUCGGAGUCUCUGUCGAACACUUCCCGGAAAUUGACCGAAAUACGAACGGACGUCGACCUUCCGAGCCUUCAACUCGUGCACUCUGAGACUGACGUCGAGAAAAUGGAGACGGCGGUGAGUGUGGACUGGCAGCAGAAGUCGUCGGCCACUCGACUCAUGAACGCCGUCGUCAACUGCGUCGGAGCGCACACCGACAUCCUCUGCUACUUCUUUGCCAUCAUGACUCAAGUGAUGACGGGUGGUCUCAUCACCCUCCCACUUCCGUUGAUGUCCCUCUUCUGGGGCAACCUCUCGAAUCCACGCCCGUCCAAAUUCUUCUGGGUCACGAUGAUCACGUACACCGAACUGGUUAUCAUUGUCAAAUUCGUUUGCCAGUUUGCCUUCCUUCCAUUCAACAAAACGGAAUACAUUUCGCAACAUGAAAUGGAUCCGAUGUCGAUGGACAAACUGUUCGGAGUGUCCAAAAAGGACCGAUUCGCUCUUUGGGAUAUCAUUCUCUUGUUCGCGCUCUUCUUCCAUCGGUACAUGCUCAGAAAACUCGGAUUGUGGAAGGAUGCAAAUCUCACCGACACUUUCCUAAAGGUAACCAAACCCUACCCAUCCCAUCAUCUCCAACAUUCAUCUUUUUAAGGAGGAAUCGUCUGAAUCCCGUUCACCAGGUGGAUCUGAUGCAGGAUCGCCAAAGAAGAAAGAACCAAAGGUAGUAGUGACUGCUUCGGAGAGCACAUCGCAAGCGGGAACCAGCGGAGAGAGUGAGUCGUACCUCUAAUCUCUCGUUCCAACGUUCGCUAAUUUCAGUCGUCGUCCCAUCUGAUCCGAAUGCGAUAACGGAAGAAACAAUCGAAGACAUAGUCCCGAUUCCACCGGAGAAGCCCAGUGGACCGAUCGGUCGAUUCAUUCAUCAGCUGUUCCACCCGAAGUUCCGAUACAUUCGUGAUCUGUACCCGAUUAUGUUCGGAAUCGACGUCAUCUGCUUCCUCAUCAUGACGUUCGGCUACUCGUCGUUCGGAGACGGUGGAUCUGGAAACGUGCUCGAUGACGUGAAGGCGUCCCGCAUUCCGGUCACACUGGUCGUUAUGCUCGUCGGAAUGACAUUUGCCAUCAUCGUCGAUCGUGCUCUCUAUCUGCGCAAGUCUGUCGUCGGCAAGCUCAUCUACCAGAUGUUCCUCAUUUCGUUCCUCCACAUCUGGGUCUUCCUCGUUCUUCCCAACAUGACUCGCCGCUCUGCAAUCACGAACCACGUGGCUCAGGCGCUUUACGUCAUCAAAUCGUGCUACUUCCUCGUGUCGGCUUGGCAAAUUCGCAACGGAUACCCGGAACUGUGCAUCGGAAAUCUCUUGACUCACUCGUACGGCAUGACCAAUAUGAUCGCGUUCAAAGUGUGAGUUGCAAUUGAUUUCUUUCUAAUCAAACAAAUACCUUUCGAUUUCAGCUUCAUGAACAUCCCGUUCUUGUUCGAGUUGAGAACUGCCAUCGACUGGACGUGGACUGACACUUCCAUGCCGCUCUUCGACUUCUUCAACAUGGAAAACUUCUACGCGCACAUUUUCAACAUCAAAUGCGCCCGUCAAUUCGAAGCAGCUUAUCCGGCGCCGCGAGGAGUUGCGAAAGGAAAGAUUGUCAAAUACUUCAUGGGCUUCCCGAUCAUCUUCGGCGUCGUCGUCUUCAUAUUCUCUCCGCUGCUUCUCUGGUCGCUUCUCAACCAAAUCGGUACGAUCAGCAUGCCGGAGAAGGUGACUCUCCGAGUGUCUAUCGAAGGAUAUCCACCACUCUACGAGAUGGAGGCGCAAGGAAGAAAUCACGACAACAAGGAACUCUCGCUGAUAUCGAUCAACCAAUUGGCGGUGCUCAAUUCGGCUCUAACAGAAAGGUACAGAGCAAAAGAUACUGAUUCGAUCGUCCGCUCGCGAAUGUCUGUUUCCUAUCUCAAAGGGUAUACGUACGAGGACAUUCUCAUCGUCCGCUUCCGGCCGGAAUCUGAAGUAUACUGGCCAAUUUCGGAGGAUUCGAGACUGGCUAUGAUGUGAGUUUCAAAUAGAAUGGUUAUAGUUGAAAGUCAUAUUUAUUCAGGGACAAGUUGAAAACGACGAACACAUCAGUCAACUUCGAAGUUUCCCUGGAGUUCACGCGUCCAUAUGAUCCGAACGAGAACACGGCACUUAAGCACGCCAAGUCGUGGCUGGUCCCCAUCGCUCAAGACGAGACGGUCCGUCAGACAAUCCGAGACGCACUGAAUGGCACAUUAAACGCCACGUUCCCGAUUGUGAAUUCGAUCCCCGCCUACAUCCAAGUGCCCAAUCAAGGAGAGCUGAUUCUUCCUACUUCCAUCGGAAAUUCGAUAAUUUAUGAUGGAAAGAACGCGUUUAACACGACUGGAAUGACACCGACUCAACUGUCGCAGGCUUGGUUCGACUCUCUUUCUCUUGGUCUCAAUCAAGGAGCAGGACAGAGCGCGAAAAUCUGGCUGGUGGGAUCCAGUCAUCCAGGAAACGACACGAACUCGAUCUGGGUGCCAACUGAACAAACGACCUACUCGGAACACAGGGAAUACCUCCAAGUGGUGGCAUUCGUCGACAGAGCGUUCCCGUCGAUUCUGGCGAAGGUAUUCAAGGGCGGAGUCAUUGCGAUGUACCUCUCCGUCGUCAUCUUCAUCGGAAGAGGAAUCGUCCGCGGAGUAUUCACGACGUCUCCGAGCACGGUGAUGUUCACCGAACUGCCGAACGCCGACCAUCUGCUCAAGAUCUGUCUCGACAUCUAUCUUGUCAGAGAAGCCAAAGACUUUAUGUUAGAACAGGUAAGCGAUGAAAAAAGCAGCUCGUUCCUACCGUAUCCAAUCGUUGCAGGACCUGUUCGCCAAGUUGAUCUUCCUGUUCCGUUCCCCGGCGACACUCAUCGAAUGGACGCGAAUGAGCAAAAAGAAGCAAGAAUAA